AAUCUCACCCCCGGUUCCUCGAUCCCGAUAAACUACCACUCUCUCUUCGGAUCUCACGAUGAUAUACUCCUCCUCGAGGUCGACGACAAGCUCCUACCUGAUCUCAUCAACAACCGGGUGACCAUCCGAGGGCAGCCUCAUGAAGAAGCUGUGCUCUGCUCACCUUCAUCCACUUAUGCUAUGAAGUUCGUUGGGACAUCCAACUCAGUGUUCCUGAUCCCCGCAGGAGAGACAACUCUGUCAAGCUCCAAUCUUGUUUCCACUGACGGUGAGGCAAACAACUCUGCAGUGAUGGAGUCAGUUGCAUCAGUCCUCAAAGUCGCUCCAGGGACUAUGGAACUGAUCCUAACUGCUCCAAGGCUUGAUAAACUGAGAACAUUCUUAAAUGAAAGACCCUACAUCCUCGAAGAAGAUUUAGAGAUCAAUUCCAAUAGAAAGAAAGGAUUGUAUUCAUGGCAAGACCUACUUGAGCUAAUCCAGGCCAGCGAAGAGGAGCUGAGAUCAGCACUGAAGUCUCUGUCAGCUGUAGAGAUAGAUGGAUACUGGAGAAUUAUUGAUGCAGAAUCCAUGGAUAAAAUCCUCAACAUGAUCCUGAAUAAUUCUAUCUUAUGUGAAUGGCCCCUAAAUUCACUCCCGGAAGAUCAACUGGUUUCUGCUUUAGCAGCAGAUGGGUUUCCCGAAAGAAUUGUUCUACACUGCCUCGAAACAUUUGGAAGUAAAGAGGAUAAUAUGGGCGAUUGUUUGUGGAGCCUCAAUGAGAAGCGGGUAUGUUUAAAUUUUGCCUCGAAGAUCUUGAGCGGUGGCAAGAUGAAGCUAGAGAAAUUCAUGGAGAAAUGGCUGCAGAGCAUCCCGUCAGGGAUGAAUGCUGAUUUGAAAAUGCUUGAAGGUGAAAUUCUUUAUGAUAAAAUUGGUGUAGAAAGUUGGAUUCGAGCUUUUAGCGUCUCAGCUCUUCCCACAGUUCCAGCUGAUCGUUUUGCUGCACUUUUUCGAGAGCGGUCUAAAUGGGAAUGGAAGGACUUGGAGCCCUACAUAAGGGAUUUGAAGAUACCAGGACUUUCUUCAGAAGCAUUGCUCAUCAAAUACACUCGAAGAUCACAAGCGAAUCCAGAUGUUGAACCCACGUUUACUGCUCGAUAAUCCUUACAGUUUCUUGCCAUUUUGUAUCCCGAACUAUUUGUAUACAUGAUUGCCUUUAUUGUUAUUUAUGCCUUAUGAAAAUUGCAGCAGAGUCCUGUUUCUACUAUAGGAUCAAGCUGUUUGCCAA